AAUGCCUGGACAAAUAAAGACGCCAACAAACCAAAAACUUUUGACUAAUGUUGCUAUAGUUCGUCUUAAAAAAUGUGGGAAGCGUUUUGAGAUUGCUUGUUAUAAAAAUAAAGUUUUAAAUUGGAGGAACAAAACAGAGAAAAAUAUUGAUGAAGUUUUGCAGACCCAAAAUGUUUUUGUAAAUGUUGCAAGGGGUCAAUUAGCUAAAAGAGAUGACCUUGUUGAAUGUUUUGAAACUGAUAAUCAACUGGAAAUUUGUAAAACGAUUUUGGAAAAGGGUGACCUUCAAGUUUCGGAUAAAGAACGCCAACUUACUUCUGAAAGUUCUUUUAAGGAAGUCGCAAAUUUAAUUGCCAAUAUGUGUGUUAAUCCUGAAACUCAGCGACCUUAUUCUUUGGCGACUAUUGAAAAUGCUCUUCGAGACGCUCAUUUUUCUUUAAAAUCAAAUCAUUCGGCAAAACAACAGGCCCUUGAAAUGAUUCCAAAAAUUCGUGAAAAUCUAAAAAUUGAUCGUGCCAAAAUGCGUGUUCGUGUUUCUGUCCCAGCCAAACAUGCAAAAUCGAUUCAUGGAAAGUUGAAAGGAUUUUUUGAGACUGUCGAAGUUGAAGAUUGGGAGAAGGGAAAUUUAGAAAUGGUUGGUUUAAUUGAACCUGGAAAUUAUAAAACAAUUGCUGAAUUACUCAAAGGGGACAAGAAAGAGAAAAUUGAACAAAUUGGGUUGGAAUUGUUAAGUUUAAAAGUAAUUAGUGAAGGGGAAGUUGAAAUUACUUGA